GUCCAACUGAAAGCUAGUACUACAAAUAUCUUUACAAUGCUCCUCUCUGCAGCAUGACUCGAAAAAAUGGCAAAUUGCACCCCUUCAAUGCAUCCAUUGUCACUACCCAAAGCUUCCCAAAUUCAGCACAGAUUCAAUCCAAACAGACCCAUUUCAAGUUUGAGGCAGAGACGUUUUGGAAUAAGAUGUUGCAUUGGAAACACGAGGAAAGAAGAAAGAAGAAGGGAUUACUAUCAGUUGCUUGGAGUUUCUGUUGAUUCAACUUCUCAAGAAAUCAAGGAAGCCUAUAGAAAACUGCAAAAGAAAUAUCACCCAGAUAUUGCAGGCCAAAUGGGCCAUGAACACACUCUAAAGCUGAAUGAGGCCUAUCAUGUCUUGAUGAGAGAUGAGUUGAGAAGAAAAUAUGAUGUUUCCACAGGCAAAAGGAAAGAAGGGAUUGGAAGUAAUUUUUCCGGCACGCCUUACAGUUCAUGGAAUGGGCCCCUAAGAUCCCAAGCUCUGUUUGUUGAUGAAAAUGCAUGCAUAGGCUGCAGAGAGUGUGUGCAUCACGCCGGCAAUACAUUCAUGAUGGAUGAAGCUCUUGGAUGCGCGCGUGUCGAAGUUCAGUUCGGAGACGACGAAAAGAAAAUCGAGGUGUCGGUCGAUUCAUGUCCGGUGAAUUGCAUCCAUUGGGUGGACAGGGAAGAGCUGCCAUUGCUUGAAUUCCUCAUCCAACCCCAACGCAAGCAGGGACAUGGUGUUUUUGGAGGAGGGUGGGAAAGACCCUCUGAUGUCUUCAUGGCAGCAAAAUCCUUCAACAAGCAAUCAAAACAACAGCAGCAACAACAUCAUCACCAUCAAGGGCAAGCAACCGAUGUGGAUGAAACACCGGCCCAGGCCAAGGCUCGAACUAACGCGAGCAUGAAAUUACAGAUGGAGAGAUUUUCAAGGAUCUGGACAUGGUUGAAAGAACGGAUUGAAUGAAAAAUCCAAAAAAAGAUGACCUCCGGUAUACAACAGUCAUGCACACAAUGGGAAUGGAAAACAAAGAAGCAACCGGAACGAAAGAGCAAAGAGCAGACAUGGCUUGGAGACUUCAAAUUUGGUAAUGUGCUAUGUACUGGGAUAUGUAAAUAGAAGUGAAAGAUAAAUAAAUCACGAAGUUAUUUUAUUGUGAAGGGUGUGUUUGAAUGCACCAUUCAAUUGGAUUGUGGUUAUUACUUCA